UCGACAACUAGGGAUAUUAGUUUGAAACGACUAUUAUUUUACUAUUUUGUAACUUAGAAAACAUUCUCGAUAGUUGGCAACAUUGUGAGUUGUUCAUUUUGUCGAUUUUGACAAUCGGUCACUUCAGUUUUCUCUUAGGUUUAUUGAACUUUGCACGUGGGAAGCAUUUUAAGUGGUUUUAUCUCGAAGAAAGACACUCAUGAAUCAUCAGAUUCGAUCCUAAUGUUAUCUAACAUCUAUUUGUUUGAACUAAUAGAUUAUUAGAAUGGGUCUAAUAUCUGAGCCGCUGUUGUUUGUACUUGCUUUAAUCGAUACCGGUUCAGUACUUUUCCUUUUGGUAUAUUUUGUCAUAACUCUAUCAGAUUUAGAAUGUGAUUAUUUGAAUGCUCAACAGUGUUGUUCAAAGUUAAACAAGUGGGUGGUACCAAAGCUUGUAGCACAUUCAGUCUUAGAAUUUUUACUCUUAACACAUGGACAAUUAAUAUUGUGCUUAGUGAACUUGCCUAUGACACUAUGGUUACUCUAUGAAUACUUUGGAGUACCUAGUGGUAAUAUGGGAGUUUAUGAUCCUACAGAAAUCCAUAAUCGUGGACAAUUAAAAAGGCAUGCAAGAGACUGUAUGAUCCAUCUUGGAUAUUACCUAAUUUUCUUUUUUAUUUAUCUUUACUGCAUGAUCAUUGCAUUAUUAAAAGGAGAUCCAAUUAACAGAAAUGAUGAAGGAUUGUUACAUACGAAUUGAGAGCAAUGAUAAUAUUUAAACUUUUAUACAUCUUCUUUGUUCUUUAUUUCAGUCAUAUUUGACUAUUUAUUUAUUUCUAUGCUAUAAAUACCAAAUGAAAUUUUGUUAACAUAUAUAAAAGCCCUGUACCUCAUUACACUUACCCAUCAUUUAUAUUAUAUCUUUAACAAUUGAAA